AUGGGGAACCCCCCUACGAGGAUUAUUAUCGCCAGGCACGGCGCCCGUUUGGAUGCGGCCGACAAAAAUUGGCAUUUGACAUCCCCCACUCCUUACGAUCCGCCUCUCUCCUACGGCGGCUGGCUCCAGUCUCGGACCCUAGGAGCGCAAAUAAUCAAUCUUUUACAGUCGCAGGACAAUGAAGAACCUGCUGAAGGAACGGGCGAUGGAGAUUUGCCGUCUUUCCGCGCGCAAUCCUCCAAACGCAAGCGACGAAUCAUCGUUCAUUCAUCUCCAUACCUCCGAUGCUUGCAGACCGCGAUCGCCGUGAGCGCGGGCAUCAGCCAACACUUCCUCGAGACAGACGCCACAUUACCUCCAAUUUCUGCCAUUCCAAACCCAAAGACCCAUACAACGGGCAAGGGAAGAGCCUCGGUUCACGGGUUCAAUGCCGCCUCGGCCUUCCCCAGUUCCAUUUCGAAUGAUCACCGCUGCCUGUUGCGUGUGGAUGCCUUCCUGGGAGAAUGGCUGACAUCUAGCUAUUUUGAGGAGAUUUCUCCGCCACCGAAAUCGGAGAGAAUGAUCACGGUCGCCAAGGCGGAACUCCUCAGACGCGACAGCAUUGUCCCCGACGCAGACAUGAACUACACCAAGCCGGCGGUCGGACACUUUCCCGGAGGCUGGGGCAAAGGCGACGGUCCUCCUUCGGAAGAGAACAGCAAAACGCAGGCGAAUCCCGAUGGGCGAAGGAACAGCGCGGGUAGUCAUGACACGCUACAAUCUGCCGACACACCGGGUACGCGGAGGAUGCUCAGCAAAAUCAACACCAGUCUCUCCUCCAUCCCGGACGGCCUCUACACGCCACCUACCCCCAGCUAUGCCAUCUCUCCAUCGGAGCCCAUCCCCACCGGAUACGUUUCGCACGCGCGGGACGCCUGUGUGAGAAUCGAUUAUCAAUGGGACAGCAUGCGGGAACCUCAAGGCUGGGGCAACGGGGGCGAAUAUGAGGAGGAAUGGAGCACAAUGAACUCCCGUUUCGGUGUUGGACUCGAGCGCAUGGUUUCCUGGUAUUCGAAUCACGACCCCUCGAUCCCUUACAAUCGACCGCGACGUCAUUCUCAAUUCUUGGACAACACCGGCGACACAAAUCCGGGAGACGGAGAGGAUUCGGUCGAGACGGUUCUCGUGAUCGUGACUCACGGCGCUGGUUGCAACGCGCUAAUUUCAGCCAUCAAGGGAGAAACAACUCUCGUCAACGUCGGGACCGCUUCCCUCACGAUGGCGGUGCUCAAGGAUAGUGAUAAGACCUCGACAAAGUCGUCCGAUAUCGGUGGGCCUGUAGUCUCACACUAUGCAAAUGGAGAAAAAUCGGUGUUACACGACUACAACCUGCAGCUGGUUGCUUCGACGGAACAUCUACGGCCUGGUGGCAACCCAGCGAUGUCCAGCGUCUCCUCUCCCACCAGCCUAACAUCCCCCACCGUGCCAUCCUACCGCAACCGCGUCCCAUCUCGAGCCUCUGUAUCGCAGAGUCCGUUCGGUAUCGGACCCACUCCAACUUCCGGGGGCGGAUCACGCGUCUGGAUGAUGGCGCGGCCUGCGACAGCCCCACGCAUAUCCGGCGGCCUUUGGGGGUCAAUGUCGGCAACGGGCGGUGCAGACGAUCUGAUCCCCAACUUCGACAAUGCGUGGUCCGGACAGACUGCGGAGAAGGAAAGCGACGUGAAGAAAUCAACAGACUCGGACAUACCUAAACAACUGCCCCAGAGAACUCUGUCACAGAGAGGACUUUGGGGAGGUGCCCCUCUGAACAAAGACGCCGAGACGGGCGUAAAACGACGAUGGACAGUGACGGAACGACGAAUAUGA